GUCAAGUACGAAAGACAGUAUCCAUCUACUUGACUAUCAACCAAAACAACCAUCACAAAGUUCCAACCCUAUCCUCCCUACACUCAACCCAACCCAACAGCAACAAUGUCACCCAUCCCCCUCCACACCGUCGCCAUCCUCCCCCUCAUCUCCGGCCUAAAAAACGCCCACGCAUUCAUCACAAAAGCUUCUGUCCACUGCACCACAACCUCCACCCCGCCUGAAGACUUCCUAACCGCUUCUCUGCACCCCACCAUGAAAGACCUCCGCUAUCAAGUCUACCGCUUCACUGACGCCGCAAAAUUCCUACCCAUUCGCCUUAACCCCGCCCUCGCGGACCGCGAGUUGAAAAUCCCCGACGAAGAGCAGAGCUUCGAGGAGCUGCUAGAGAGGAUUCAAAAGACACUUCGCCAUUUGGAGGAGUACAAGGCGAGUGAUUUUGAGGGUGUGAGCAAUGACGAUGUUAUCGAGAUCAAGUUUCCCGGGGGGAAGGCGAUUAGGAUGGGGGUGGCGGAUCAUGUGGCACGGUAUUCGCAUCCGAAUUUUUGGUUUCAUGUUACGACUGCUUAUGCGGUUUUGAGGAUGAAGGGUGUGGAUUUGGGGAAGUUGGACUUUUUGAACGGGGCGGGGGAGAUUGAGAUUUUGGAUUUGGCGCAAGGAUGAGAUGGAGUAGAAGAAUUGAAUGGCGGGUCAGUUAGAGAUCAGUUCGGGUUGGAAUAGACGCACUGUUAGUAUUACGGGGAGAAGACUGUGAUUUUGUGGAUGGUACAGCAAGCUUGGAUAGAAAUGGAAUUUCACCAACCUGCUGACGACAGGAUAUCUGCUUCGAGAUGUUAUGCUAUAUAAUUAAAGGACGAAAGCACCCGGGUGUCAUAAAAUACUGGACAUACUAGUGUAAAAAGACCACUGUAGUCGCCAGACAUUCUAUUGGGUGCUUACUCACACUAUCCAGUAUUUUA